UAUAAGUCUGGUCGUUUCCAUUUCAAGAAAUUCUCAUCAGAUCAACACUGCCUGAGGAUUAACCAACCAAAAUGCCGCCGGUCAAUUUUCGGAUAGCUGUCGGUCUUCCCCAUGAAGAUAUUACGCAUCCUGGUGCGAUUAAGGCUGCAUUAGCGGAGUUCAUCAGUACGGCCAUUUUUGUUUUCGCCGGAGAAGGUUCUGGUAUGGCCUUUAACAAACUGACGGAUGAUGGGAGUAGCACACCGGCUGGAAUUAUUAUGGCUUCAUUAGCACAUGCAUUUGGUCUUUUUAUUGGAGUAGCUACCGCAGCUAAUAUCUCCGGCGGCCACGUGAACCCUGCUGUCACUUUUGGUGCUUUUGUUGGUGGUAAUAUCACUCUCCUUCGUGGCAUUCUCUAUUGGAUUGCUCAGCUCCUUGGUUCCACUGUUGCUUGCUUGUUGCUUAAGUUUUCAACUCAUGGCAUGACAACAUCGGCAUUUGCAUUAUCCUCCGGGGUGAAUGUGUGGAACGCACUAGUGUUCGAGAUAGUAAUGACCUUCGGUCUAGUAUACACAGUAUAUGCAACAGCCAUUGAUCCUAGAAAGGGUCAACUGGGGACUAUUGCGCCCAUAGCCAUUGGUUUCAUUGUCGGAGCCAACGUUUUAGCCGGCGGAGCAUUCGAAGGAGCAUCAAUGAACCCAGCCGUGUCAUUUGGACCUGCUUUGGUUAGUUGGGACUGGACUCAUCAUUGGGUUUACUGGGCAGGACCUUUGAUUGGAGGUGGACUAGCCGGACUUAUCUACGAAACAAUUUUCAUUUCUCGCACUCAUGAACCAGUACCAAGUCCAGAAUUCUGAAGGAAAAUAUUGGAGUAUGAAUUGAUUGGUUGUGGUUCUUUCAUUUCCAAUUUUUCCAUUUUGUGUUAUGUGGGAUUUCAUUGUUGUCGUUGGAAUUCAUUUUUUUUUACUAUUCUCAGUUGGAUCAUGGUUUAAUUUAUGUGUGAUUAUCUUAUUUUUCUUACGGUUGGAUAAUUCCCAUGAUCAUGUAUCUUAUUGAGAUGGUUCUAUUACCCCUGUCACGUAUGUUCCUCUCCUGUGAUUCUUUUCAUGAUUUUACGAGUGCCUUUGAUUUUGUUCUAUCCCUAA